CGAGCGCCUCUAUGGUCGCCGAGCAGCAUCCGGGUCCCUGUUGCAGCGGAGUGCAGCGAGGGCCGCGAGCGAAGUGAGGACGUGGCAAGCUUUGAGGGAGAGCGGAGCGGACGUGGAGGGGCCUUUCCGGUGAGCGGCGGCGGCGGGCACAGGAAGCGGAAGCCGGCGCCAGCGGCGGCCCGACGACCAGCAGGAGCGGGGACAGCCGGUUGAGGUGAAGGCUAGUUUGGGGAUGUGAGCACAAUGAGCGUAAACCAGUCAACUCACACAGGGCCACCUUAUGGGCAGCCACAGCCUGGAUAUGGAGGAUACCUGCCGCCUGGUUACGGAGGGCAGCCAACCCCGACUGUUCCCACCUCACAGUAUGGUGCUUAUAAUGGUCCAGUGACAGGAUAUCCUCAGACAGCCCCCCCACAAGGUUACUUUCCUUCAAUGGGGUUUCCUUCUAAGGGCUCUCCUGUCUCUCUUGAUUCUGAUGCUUCUUUUACUCCCAACUUCAUAGGUUCCCUGAGAGCUCCCUCUACUUCUGGAGCACCUGCUUCAGCAUCUGGCACAUUCGUUCCUCCUGGACAGCAGGCCUAUAGUCAGUUUGGACAAGGAGAUGUACGCAAUGGGAUUCCUGCAUCUACAGCUCCAUUGCAAAGACCUCCUGCUUCUCAACAGUUCAUGCCUGGAACAACACCCACACCUGUUUCCCAGUCAGCUACUUUCCAGUCAUAUGGGCCACCUCCAACGAGCACACAGCAGCUGACCAAUCAUAUGGGAGGAAUGCAUAUAAGUGGUGUUUCGACCUCUGUUCCAUCCCCAGGUGUACUGGGCUAUGGUCCCCCAACAUCAGUUCCUGCCUCAGGAAGUUUUACUUCGAGUGGAUCUGGGCAAUAUGUGCCCUAUUCAAACCAAGGACCGCCACCUCCUGCUGUGCCCCAUGGAUUGCCUCCUACCACCUUGUCUCAGGGUCUUCCUAUGGCACAGCCUCCUAGUUCUGGUCCUCCGUCAGCCCUGAACCUCUCACAUCAAGCUCCUGGGUUUGCCCCACCGCCUUCAUCUGCUGGGGUUGGUGCUUCCAAUUAUCCUCCUCCUGCAGGAGUUUCAAGGCCUCCUCCAAUGCAGAGUACAUCAUUACCAGGACAAGCAGCUACUGGGCCACUCACUUCCCAGCCAAACCAUGUGACCUCACCACCACCUCAGCCAGCUAUGGCAGGGCCACCCCUUGGACCACCAAUGGCAGGCUUGCAAGGACCACCUCCCAGCCAUCCUUCCCAACCAGGAUAUGCAGUGCAGCAGAAUGGGUCCUUUGGACAGCAUAGAGGUACCCAGCCAAACUAUGGGCCAGCUUACCCUGGGCCAGCAAAUUAUGGGAGUCAACCUGGACCGCCACCUCCACCGCCACCAAAACGUCUAGAUCCAGACUCCAUUCCUAGUCCACAACUCAAUGAGCUGCCACCUCAGCAGAAACCCAGACACAGAAUAGAUCCAGAUGCAAUUCCUAGCCCAAUCCAGGUAAUUGAAGAUGACAGGAAUAAUCGUGGGUCAGAGCCAUUCAUCACUGGAGUCCGUGGGCAAGUCCCACCCCUUGUCACUACCAAUUUUUUGGUCAAAGAUCAAGGUAAUGCCAGUCCCCGCUACAUAAGAUGUACAUCCUAUAAUAUCCCAUGCACCUCAGAUAUGGCCAAGCAGUCGCAAGUUCCUCUUGCUGCAGUCAUAAAGCCGCUGGCUGUACUUCCUGCAGAAGAGGCUCCUCCUUAUUUGGUAGACCAUGGAGAAUCAGGCCCUAUCCGAUGCAAUAGGUGUAAAGCCUACAUGUGCCCUUUUAUGCAAUUCAUUGAAGGUGGAAGAAGAUUUCAAUGCUGCUUCUGUAAUUGUGUUACAGAGGUGCCAUCUCAGUACUUCCAGCACUUGGAUCACACGGGCAGGCGAGUGGACUACUAUGACAGACCUGAGUUAUCAUUGGGGUCCUACGAGUUCUUGGCAACUGUUGACUACUGCAAGAAUAACAAGUAUCCCAACCCCCCUGCUUAUAUUUUCAUGAUUGAUGUAUCAUACAAUGCAAUAAGAAGUGGCUUGGUAAGGCUGAUCUGUGAAGAGUUGAAGACGCUCCUGGACUACCUGCCCAGAGAAGGAAACAUGGAAGAAUCGGCCAUCCGUGUGGGCUUUGUCACCUACAACAAAGUUCUGCACUUCUAUAAUGUGAAGAGCUCCCUGGGGCAGCCGCAAAUGAUGGUUGUGUCAGAUGUAGCAGAUAUGUUUGUCCCUCUGCUCGAUGGUUUCUUGGUGAAUGUUAAUGAAUCCCGCACAGUUUUCACUAGCUUGCUGGAUCAGAUACCAGAAAUGUUUGCUGAUACGAGAGAAACAGAAACUGUGUUUGCCCCAGUAAUUCAGGCUGGCAUGGAGGCUCUGAAGGCAGCAGAGUGUGCUGGCAAGCUCUUUAUAUUUCAUACAUCACUGCCUAUUGCGGAGGCCCCAGGGAAGCUGAAGAACAGAGAUGACAAGAAACUGAUAAACACUGACAAAGAAAAGACUCUCUUUCAGCCUCAGACAAACUUUUAUAACAAUUUAGCCAAGGAGUGUGUAACACAAGGCUGCUGUGUGGAUCUCUUCCUUUUCCCAAAUCAGUAUUUGGAUGUGGCUACCUUGGGGGUUGUUCCUCAUCAAACAGGCGGCUCCCUUUAUAAGUACACAUUUUUCCAGGUGGAAACGGAUCAGGAACGCUUCUUGAACGACUUGCGCAGAGAUGUUCAGAAAGAAGUGGGCUUCGAUGCUGUGAUGAGGGUCCGCACAAGCACUGGUAUUCGCGCAACUGAUUUCUUUGGAGCUUUUUACAUGAGCAACACCACAGAUGUGGAAUUAGCCGGCCUAGACUGUGACAAAACAAUCACCGUGGAGUUCAAACAUGAUGAUAAGCUUAGUGAAGAAAGUGGAGCACUUCUUCAGUGUGCUAUAUUGUAUACAAGCUGUGCAGGACAGAGGCGACUGCGUAUUCACAACCUCUCCUUGAACUGCUGCACUCAGCUGGCUGAUCUUUAUAGGAACUGUGAGACGGACACACUUAUCAACUUCUUGGCCAAAUUUGCAUAUCGUGGAGUUCUGAACAAUCCAGUCAAGACAGUGAGAGAUACGCUGAUCAAUCAGUGUGCGCAGAUACUGGCAUGCUACCGGAAAAACUGUGCUAGCCCUUCUUCUGCCGGACAGCUGAUUCUUCCUGAAUGCAUGAAACUGCUUCCUGUGUAUUUGAACUGUGUUUUGAAAAGUGAUGUGCUUCAGCCUGGGGCAGAGGUCACCACUGAUGACCGAUCCUACAUCCGCCAGCUAAUCACCUCCAUGGAUGUGGCAGAUACAAAUGUUUUCUUUUACCCCAGACUCCUGCCACUGACCAAGAUAGAUCCCAACAGUGACUCCUUACCACCAGCAAUCAGAAACUCUGAAGAGCGGCUCUCCAAGGGUGACAUAUAUCUGCUAGAAAAUGGGCUGAACAUCUUUUUGUGGGUAGGAGCAAAUGUUCAGCAAGGGCUGAUCCAGAACCUCUUUGGAGUGGCAUCUUUCAGCCAAAUCAGCGGCAGUAUGUGCGUGCUGCCAGUUUUGGACAAUCCCUUUUCGAAGAGAGUACGGUCCGUCAUUGAUAUGUUCCAGUCUCAAAGAUCACGCUAUAUGAAGCUCAUGAUUGUCAAGCAGGAAGAUAAACUGGAUUUGCUGUUCAAACACUUUUUGGUGGAAGAUAAGAGCAUGAAUGGGGGUGCUUCAUAUGUGGACUUCCUCUGUCACAUGCACAAGGAGAUCCGCCAGUUGCUGAGCUAGAGCUGGAGAUACGCUGGAUUCCAGCACUGACACUUCUAUGUUCACUAACCGCCUGAUGAAUGGGCCCAGCUCCUUCGAGAAGGACAAUACAGAAAGCUGUACAAUUCCAUAAUUUUUAAUACACUGUGCAUAAACAGUUUCAGCAUCUCCCAAAACCCUUUGAAGAAGUGAGGCAUGGACAGACGAAACAUCAGCUAUAGGGGUGGGUGUGGGAAUGUUAUUUGAUUCCAGGCCUUGGACCUGUGCCCUCUUCUUGUGCUUGGCAGGUAUCUGUACCUCCUGCCUCCCAGCCCCCCAGUUCUGUUAUAACAAAUGUAAUUUGAGUUUCACUAUACAAGAUUAAGCAUCAGGUGAAAAGGUGAUUGCUCUUCAGAACCACACAGUGCGUGUCAAGUUUGUGCAUGUGAUACUCUAUAUGAAAAGGAGCUAUUGGGGUGGGGGUGGGGUGGGGAGUGGAAGUUGGCAGGCCCUGUUCAACCAAAGAGUAGGAGAUUGAUAAAGCAACCAAGCUGGGGGUUUUUACACCUUCACUUAUAAGUGGAGAGCGCAAUAUACUGUAAGCAAGUUAUACAGUGGCAUCUUCUAGGAAACACCUGAGCUGUUAGGGAAAAUAGCAGGGUAGGCAUGCCUUGACUGUAGUUGCUUUGCUGUGUGGAUAUGCCUUGGAAUAAGUGAGUGAUAAUGAGCAGGUGCUGUUUUGGGGAAAGCGAAAUUAUUCGGGGUUGGUAUAAACAGGUGUUGCCUCCCCCACCCCUUGAGAAAAACAGCAUCUUUCUUUCUUUCUUUUUCUGCCAGUGUCCUCUUGCUUUGGUGGUCUGUUGCCUCUUUCCAUUCACGUGGUAGGCUUUUGUCUGGAACAUCCUUUUCAAAGGAGAUGGCCGUGCUUUCCCCUUCUUAUCACUUUGAAAAAGUUGUGUUUAUACGCAACACAGGAGUUUGCUUGGAAAGACACUCAGUUUGAAUUGUAUCCAAGAAGCACUGAGAAGUCCUGUAGCACCAUGCAGAAGGAGUUGCUCAUAUUCAUAACAUAAGGUUCAAAUCAUGCCACUAAUGUAUUCUGAAAUUCAAACCUUUAGUAGCUCUGAAUAAUUUUGGUCAUGCAGCACUUAAAUGGCUACACCUGGGCAGUUCUUACUAGUCCAUCAGCGUAGGAUAUCUGUGGCAUGCCUGCUUGUAGUCUUGUUACAACAAAUCAAGCAGGCUUAUGGUUGACCUCUCCAAGGCUGAGCAGAAAGUAUUCUGUUUUGUAUUAGACAGAAAGAUGAUGAGUUUGAGACUCCAGGAGUCAAAGGGCUCAUUCAUUUUUAAAAAGACACUAACCUUUUGUUUUUAAUGCUACACUUAGAAAUUCUUGCAGUGCCCAGAAUGUACUGGGGAACCGGCAGCACUGAAACGUGAAAAAAGGAAAAGCAGGGAGGUAGAUCGCUUGGACAAAUGAUGGAUUAAGACUGAAUAUAAGUAAAGCAUUUAUUCCAUCUGCCAUUGAAAAUUGAAGUUGAAACCUUAUGUAUAUGACAGAUUAAAUAAUCCAGGAGUGUGGUUUCUAGUCCCUUGAACUAUAGUGUGUGUAUGCGUGUGUGUUUGUAAAUAUUUUUCCUUCUACUGCAGCUAGUUUGUCUUCCCUUUCAUCACACAGUGAAGGGGAAUAUCCCAAAAACUGUUAACUGGCCACACCUCAGUGAGUUUCUCAGCAGUCUUAAACACAUUUGCAAGUGUGGCUACCCCCCCUUCCUCUUGCCAAACAUACAUACUGUCUCCAACCAAAAAAAUUAGAAAUCUGUUAAACCAGUGAAGAGAUUUGCUCCCCAAGACUCCACAACAGGACUUCCAGAAUACUAAUUUCUAGAAUUAAUAUAAAAGAAAAUAUACGAUCAUAAAUCUUUCUUCACUUUUUUCAAUGCAUCUUUUAAUUUGUAAAGAAAUAAAAAUAUAUGAAGAUGUAUUUUAUGUCAUUGUUAGUAAAUAAAUACUGAUUAUUUUUUCCAAGCCCUGUAUUUUGGGGAUGGGAGAGAGAGCUGGUGUGCAGGUGACUCAAAUCAAGUUCCGUCAUGGCAAAUAAAACUGUUAUUUGCAACGAUAUUUGAAAGAAUUCCGUAAGGUGCUUAUAAUGUUUUGCUUUCUGGAUUAAACACAUUUCAGCUUUCAA